UUCCAGUUCAAAACAACCACACGAGAUACUGAUUUACAACUGUGUAAGUCUCUUACACAUUAUUACAGUAUAAGUUACAUUUUUUAUAAGGUGUAUUCACCGGAAAUAGUCAACAAUACGUUGCACCGAAGCCACAAUGCCUCUGUCAACCCAGUCACAAGGCGAAGAUGAACAGUACGUUUUAGUGGCAAGUUUGGAUCAUGCUCGCAAUCUGUCUAACAUACUGAAAGCCAUCACCUUCAAAGACCAUGCCAUCUUCAACGCCACACCCAAUGGUCUGAAGGUCACUGUGGAGGACUCCAAAUGUCUGCAGGCCAAUGCCUUCAUUCAGUCUAAAAUCUUCCAGGAGUUCACCAUAAAGGAAGAUAUGGUGGGGUUUCAGGUGAACCUCACAGUUCUGCUGGACUGCCUCAAUAUCUUUGGAGGAAGCACAACUCCAGGAGUAUCCACAGCUCUUCGGAUGUGCUACAAGGGGUACGGUUACCCUCUGACCCUGUUCCUGGAGGAGGGUGGGGUAGUGACAGUUUGCAAGAUCAACACCCAAGAACCAGAAGAGCCCGUUGACUUUGAGUUCUGCAGUACCAACGUCACGAACAAGGUGAUCCUGCAGUCAGAGAGUCUGAAGGAAGCCUUCUCCGAGCUCGACAUGACCAGUGAGGUGCUGCAGAUCACCAUGUCCCCCAGCCAGCCAUACUUCAGGUUGUCUACAUUUGGGAACUCUGGAAAUGCCCAUUACGAUUAUCCCAAGGACUCGGACAUGAUGGAGCUGUUCAAAUGCACCAAGACACAAACCAACAGGUACAAGAUGUCUCUGCUGAAGCCAUCCACCAAAGCCCUGGCCUUGUCCUGUAAGGUCUCAGUGAGGACAGACAGCAGGGGCUUCCUCUCUCUGCAGUACCUGGUCAGGAACGACGAUGGACAGAUCUGCUUUGUAGAAUAUUAUUGUUGUCCAGACGAAGAUGUGGCGGAGGACUGAUUAGUCUGUCGAAUCUCCCUUUAAAUAAGAACAUUAACCUCAGUGGUGGCUGGCUCCCUACCUGAAUGAAAAGGCCAAGUCUACCACAGGAGGCCGUACAGCCGCGGGGAGCACGCAGGAUAUACAUGCUGGACGUAAUAGGCAUUAUGGUGAAUGAUGGACAGAAGAGGUUCAAGUUUUUGAAGAAAGUCAAUCAGUUCAUCCAUUGCCAACAGGCAUUUGAGUGGAGCAUUGCCACUGGAUUUGUGGAAAGAUAAUGACUCCUGCAUGAUCUUGUUAGGUACCUGUGUGCAGUUGAACCACCAUCGUACAUCAUUUCAUGGACAGAAUUGUGUUUAGUUACUGUUCGAUAUGCAGACAGGUGUUUUGGGUCAUAUCUCUUGCUACGUUACAUUGCCUUUCACUAAAUGAGCCUACAAAGUUGUCUUAUUGUGGCCGCCAUCUGUUCAUACAAUAUUUGUUUUCUAGAGAAUCUACCUUUUUUUUUUUUUUACUAAUGCAGGGAGGUAGAGAUGAUGGCUAAAGAAGGAGAAGUUUCAUUUACAUGCAAGUCAAUGCAGGCCUUCAAUUUCUCUGCAUCUCUACACAUAGAUUGCCAUGUUGAAUGUGUAUACUGAUGCCUUUGAACACCUUUUGUAUUGAGAAUAUAUCAGACGACAGACAGUAGAAUUAAAUUGAUACAUUUUUAUGACAUAAAACAACUUUAUUCACUAAAAAUCAAUAAACGUUCUUUUACGUUGA